GCGGGCCGUCGCAGCAUCAGAAUCCGAUUUCAUCGACCAGCAACAAGCUCUACUAGCAUCAUCAUGGGCGCCUCUGCUUCGGUUGAAAACGCUGCGUACGACCCGGCCAAGUUUGCCAAGUCCAAGGAGAUUAUGGGCAGCAGCUGCGACGACGCAGACAAGUUCAAGCAGCUCAAGUCGCUCUGGGAAGGCAAGGAUGAACCCAAGAAGGAAGAGAAGGAAGCCCCCAAGGAGGCCAAGGAAGCCCCCAAAGAAGCCGCCAAAGAUGCCCCGAAAGAAGCUGCGAAGGAAGCCCCCAAGGAAGCCCCCAAAGCGGCUGCUACAGAGAGCGCGAAGGAAGCCCCGAAAGCAGCUGCCACAGAGAGCGCGAAGGAAGCCCCGAAGGAAGCCCCGAAGGAGGCUGCAAAGGAAGCCCCGAAGGAAGCCGCAACGGAAGCUGCAAAGGAAGCUGCGAAGGAAGCACCCAAGGAAGCUGCGAAGGAAGCACCGAAGGAGGCGGCCAAGGAAGCGCCGAAAGAAGCCAAGAAGGAACCGUCGCCCGAGCCGGCCGCGACGCCUACCAAGGAGCAUACACACACCAAGGACUGCCACCACGAAGAUGCGAAAGCCGAGGGUCAUGCCAAGCCUGCCGACCCCAAGUAGGAAAUACAGUAGCAAGCAUUAACUAGUAACUCACUAGUACGAAAAC